AUGCGCUCCUACCCUCAGCGCACGGCCUGCCGACGUGACCCAACGCUCGGCCAGAUUGUCUUCGCGAUUUCUUCCAUCCCGCCUGCCGCCGUCACACCUGUCAUCUCAGAUCUUCCAACUCGUCCCAUUUAUCGCAAGAACCCCUCAACUGUCAGCGCCUCCCUCAUUUUCGUACACCCGCUCACCUUGCUCAGAACGCCCUGCCACUCCCUUAAUGCAACCCGUCGCAGUCGGCACUUCUCGCGCGCUCCUCCUCUCUUUGUCAACUCUUUUAUCUCAUCUCUCCGCAUCUCUGUCAUCCGCUGCAAGAGUCAAGCUAGUGCCGCAGGACUAGACUUACAGCUCACCGCCCCGUGUACGCCUGGCCGACGCCCAACCACAAUUUCUAGUCCGAAUCCCGGUUCUUCACACACAUGCCGGCGGCCUGUCUUCAACGGUCUCGACCAAAAUUCACCCAUGCAGCGUCACCGUAUUCCUCUAUAUCUGCACGUCAUUAUACGGGCACCCGUCUUCCCCUUCAAGCUCCAAUUAAUGCCAACACUCGCCAUUCCAUCUCAGUCGGCCCGUCAGAACGCCCGCCGUUCACUGUAG